AUGAUGCCACUCUUUUAUGACGUCAUCGUCGGAGGUAUAGACUCUGCGGCUCCUACUAUUGACCACAUUUUCAAUCCUGAGUACAAGGAACAAAUAACUAAGCUGUGCCAAGCAGAGGACACGUCAACAGUGCCAGAAGCUGGGGAGUUGAUCCUCGUUGCAGGAUGUGGCGCAAUGAUGUACAGGGCAGAUCGGAAGGACGAGAUGAUUACAGCUCUCAUUCCCUUCCUGGUUCUGGGUCGUGUGUCACAUUGCAUUGACCAAUUCUGUCAUGGACUCGAAGAAACCCUGGGUGUGCUCGAGGCAGUGAGGCAAAACAGGCACAGCAUGGAAGGAGCUGUUUGUUCAUGA